GCUUUUAUUUUAAAGUUUUCAAAAUUUUCUUUGGUAGGUUUUCAAGCCCACUCACUUGUGCAAUGAUUUCCCCAUCCGCCCUCCUAUUUCAGGUGAACCGUUUGAAGCCAGAACUUAUAACACCGGCGAAGCCAACACCUCAUGAGACAAAGCUACUCUCUAAUAUUGAUGACCAGGAAAGCCUUAGGUUUCAGGUUCCAGUCAUAAUGUCUUACAGGAACAAUAAUCCUUCCUCAAUGAACGCAAAUCGUGAUCCGGUUAAGGUGAUUAGGGAAGGACUAAGUAGGGCAUUAGUGUAUUACUACCCUUUGGCUGGCAGGCUCAGGGAAGGACCUAAUAGGAAGCUUAUGGUGGAGUGCAAUGGAGAAGGUGUCUUGUUCAUAGAGGCUAAUGCUGACGUCACGCUUGCGCAACUCGGGGACGCGAUUGCACCUCCUUCUCCAUUCUUAGAGGAGUUUCUUUAUAAUGUUCCAGGCUCUGAUGGGAUUCUUGGUUGCCCUCUGUUGCUGAUUCAGGUAACCCGUCUUUCAUGUGGAGGUUUUAUACUUGCAUUGCGCCUAAAUCACACAAUGUGUGACGCAGCUGGGCUUCUCCAGUUCUUGAACGCCCUUGGGGAGAUGGCACAAGGCGCACAAGCGCCAUCUACUACACCAGUGUGGGAGCGAGAGCUCUUGGGUGCUCGAGAUCAGCCACGAAUUACGUGUGUGCAUCAUGAAUAUGAAGAAGGGAUUGAUGCUCAAGGCUCAUUACCAAGCACUAACAAGCCAAACAUGGUCCAACGAUCUUUCUAUUUUGGGUCCAAGGAGAUAAAGGCCAUUCGGAAUCAUAUUCCACCGCAGUUAUCAACCUGCACUACAUUUGAUUUGAUAACAGCUUGUUUGUGGAAAUGCCGCACACUUGCACUUAGAAUGAAUCCAAAACAAGUUGUUCGCGUUUCAUGCUUAGUCAGUGCACGCGGUAAGCGCCACAAUGUACGUCUUCCCUUGGGAUAUUAUGGCAAUGCGAUUGCAUUUCCUGCUGCAGUUUCAGAGGCUAAAGAUGUAUGUACAAAUCCAUUGGGAUAUGCUUUGGAGUUGGUAAUGAAGGCAAAAGCUACAGUGAAUGAAGAGUACAUGAGAUCAGUUGCAGAUCUUAUGGAAAUAAAAGGACGAAUACAAAAAUAUCCAUUGACAGGGAACUUCAUAGUUUCUGAUACAACGCGUGCAGGUUUUGGAGAGGUCAGUUUUGGUUGGGGCAAGCCGGUAUUUGGUGGACCUGCUAAGGCCUUGAAUUUGAUUAGCUUCUAUGUUCAACACAAAUGCAACAAUGAGGAGGGGGUAUUGGUACCAAUAUGCUUGCCAUUAUCGGACAUGGAGAGAUUUCAGCAGGAGCUCGAGAGGAUGACUGUGGAGACUGUGCAGACUAUGGAGGAUAUAUAUGACACAAAAUCAGCUAAGAUCGUGUCAAGGAUGUAACAAAUUUUCUCAAAUUUUAGAUUUCUAGUAUGAUGUCAAUGGAUUUCAGAAUGUACCAUAAACAUUAGAUGCAAAGGCUUUUGUGUGUGUAUAUGCAUAGCCGCUUCUCUUUUAUGUGCGACAUGUCAGGUUAUUGUUAUUUUCGUGCA